UUUGUAUUCCUGAAGCAAACCUGCUUCCCCAGGCAGCCUCUUUGGCAUCCUGCAGGGGAUUCUUCAGCCCUGGCUUUCGAAGACCGGAGGAGGUCUGGCUUUGGGGCCAAGAGAGAGAGAGAAGAGGAAGGUGAAGAAAGAAGAGGAGGUGAAGGUGGAGAAGGCAGAUAAAUAUUCACCAACUAUGGAAACUAUAACUCAUCUUCCAGAAGUCAAAGAGGGCAAGUGUUUCUUUCCAUUCCACUAUAGAGAUGGAAUCUUCUAUGACUGUGUCCAGUUCAAGGUAAAACAUAAGUGGUGUUCCUUGAAUGAAACUUAUGAAGGAUAUUGGAAGUACUGUUCUGAAGAAGACUUUGCAAAAUGUGUGUUUCCCUUCUGGUACAGACACCUCAUCUACUGGGGAUGUACCGAGGAUGGGGAUUCGUUUGGGAAAGCAUGGUGUUCACUGACCCAGAAUUAUAACAAAGACAAGGUUUGGAAAUACUGUGACUGAUGGUGAGAUUUAUUUAGGGGAGGGCAUGAAGAUGUUCAAUUGUUCUCAUGGGAAAGAUUAUACAAUUUUGGUUGGGAAAGGAACAUGUAAGACUCUCAUUAAAAGAAUUUUAUUCUGAGAUAUGAAUGGAAAGUGAUUGGCUGUAAAUAAAUCAGGAUUUUGAUUAUGGA